UCCCGGAGCCUCCUCAGGUCCAGCGCCACAUGGAGCCUCAGUCUGUGGAGGCGGGGAAGCCGGCCCGGUUCUCCGUGCAGGUGAGCGGGCUCCCGGCUCCGCAGGUGUCCUGGUUCAAGAACUCCCAGGCGCUGUCCGCAGGCUUCAAGUGUAAGUUCCUGCACGACGGCGCCGAGCACUCGCUGCUGCUCAUCGAGGUUUUCCCCGAGGACGCCGCCGUGUACCACUGUGAGGCCAAGAACGAGUACGGAGCCGCCAGCAGCACGGCCGCGCUGCACGUGGAAGUGUCGGAGGUUGUGUCUCCGGACUCAGCAGCCACCGUGGCCCCCCCGGUGGUGAUGAGCCCCAUCAGCAGCACCUCCGCCCGCGAGGGAGAGCCGGCACGCUUCCAGUGCCGAGUGCGAGGAGACGACGUGAAGAAUCAGCUGGUCUUCCAGGACAGAAGGAGAUCAGCAGUGGACUUCUCCGGACUGUCUCAGUUGACGAACAGCUGUCAGCUGGAGCUCUCAGCAGUUGUACGCGCGGAGGACGAGCGAGUCGCCUCGGGCGACAACGCACCGGGAACGUGUCUCAGCGCCGCGCUCGCCCUGACGGUGCAGUCUGGACCAUGA